AUAAGAUAUCUCGCGAGGAGAACAUUCUCUAAGUCGCCGAGAUCUCUCUUUCUUUCUUCCGAAAAAUGUUCAGCAUGACCAAACUCCUCUCAUUCGUGAUUAUACUGUUUGGCUUUUUACAUAUGACAAGUCACUCGAGAGAGGAACGUUUAUGGUGUUAUGAAUGCAACACGGAUUUAAGACAAGGGCAUAAAGGAGAUUGCAAUGAUCCUUAUACGCCUGGUGCUUUUGACCUGGUUGCCUGUCCUCGGAACGAAUCUCAUCAUUGCCACAAAAGUAUCAUAUUAUAUAAAAAUAUUUUAGUAACAGUACGAGCCUGCGUAUUAUCACGCCAAGUAAAUAAAUACUGCGACUACGGAGAUAAUUUCCCAAAAUCGGAUAUCGAGUGUUAUUUUUGCAAGGAAAAUGCCUGCAACGGUAAAGAAUUGUUAAGUCCAAUAUCAGAAUGGUAUUUUGGAUGUGCCGCAAUUAUUUUGUCGUGGGUGUUAAUGUAAAAAUAUGCGUAGAUAAUGAAAUUUUAUCUAGUAUAAAUUUUAUUAAGUAAAAAUGAUCAGUUAUUACAUUAUCGCAAUUUGUAUACUCAUGUGUCAUAUACUAAGAAAUUGUAACAAGUUUUGAAAUGUUUGUUUUUGCUCGUGGAAACAUUUCUGUGUUCGAGAGAAGUGACCUUCUCGGUGAAAUAUAAAAUGAUACUUAUGGAGAAAAUGUUUAUCAAAUAUUAUUUUUAAAUUAUUAAAGUAAAACUAAAGAAAACAUUACAUUUUAUAUUGAAAUGGAAUCAAUUGUCAUAACUUUUCUCUCGCAAAUGUCUUUUUAAAAUAUAAACAAAUAAUUUCGCAUAAUUGUCAAACUUCAAAAAUAUAAGCGGUUUUUGAUGAUUAGACAAAUAAUACUGACCGGAUGGAACGUACUAUAAUAUGGAUAAGGAUGCGCUUAAUCAUGCAAUUAACUUAAUGGUACAAUCAUUUUAAUGUAAGUUUAAAUAUGUACGUCAAUGAUUAUCUUUGCAAGAAACGCGAUGUAGGUAAAAAAAUACAUAUAUAUUCCCAAAUAUAGAA